UGAUUAAAUGGCCAUUGAAGACAGGAGUUACUAACUUUCGAAGUGAUUAUGCUCAUCGUUAACAAAAUCGACAUAUAAUAUGGCGUUUCGGAGGUCGACCUACGUCGACAUCCGAAGACGCAGGCAGUCGUGUUCUCGUGACUGGUUGCCGUUUCGGGUCACGUUAGCUUACCCAGUCGCCCAGCGUGCGCAUGCCCUCCUGCCUGUGUUGGGUGCAGAUCGACAUUUGCGGAGGUUUCGGUCGGCGUCCGCCAUAUCGUCAGAGGUGCUGUCCCAAGGACACAUCAGGUGGACGCACCUGGCUGAUCGGUUUUGGCAAGUCGGCAAUCAGGUGAAGCAGACGAAUCCGCAACCUCAUGUGCAGGCUAUUGAUUCGCUGUCCGCAGUAUUCGCGAAGCUUGUUGGUAACCUCGAAAUGGGCCUAGAGUCUUUACCCAAGGGCGAUUUACCGACUAAGGCGCGCGUCCAGGGUGAGCCUCUGCAUUGGAGCCACAGCAUUUCGACACGAUCUUUAUGUAACAUCAUCUGGGGUUCGAGCGUCAUGGUCGACCUUGGAACUCGCGAUCGAAGUCGUUGCAUUGCCGUAUCUGAGCUUCUCAGAGAAACCUUCGAAAGUGAGGUGCAUCACACCGAUUGGAGGAAUCGCGUCCGCGCCUCUGUUAGGCGACUCGUGUCGUAUACCCCUGCGUUGAGCGAUCACACCGAGUUUUGGAAGAGGCGCGGGUCUCGCUUCGUCAUCGCGCCGAAACAGAUGGCAACGCUAUGCGAAUCGGCCCUAGCGCUUGACUUGCCUGACUGCGUUGGCGUAUGGUUUGGAUUCUGUGUCCAAGGUAAUGGGGAAACGAUGUCUCCGUCGGAAAAGCUAAGUGCACUCGAUCGCAUGAAAGUAGUGCUGAAAAGAUUAAGGGAUAUACCAGAUCCGAGCGCGCGCGUGAGAGUCGCCGUAUGCUUUCUGAGAUGUAUUGUGGUACUCCGUGGGGGAGAAUUAUCGGACAAAAAGUAUGGAGUGAAACUUUCCACGCAGCCAGCGCUUUCAAAACUGUUGCCCAGAAUCGGCGAAGACGUAAGGAUUCACAGCUUUCUCGAAGAGGAUGAUGUCGAGAACUUGAGCACAAAGCAUCUGGCACUGUUUCUCCGUGCAUACGCAAGCGCAGGAGCAACAGCUACGCACUCGUGGGAGAAGUCCUGCCUGUUGGAAGUUUGCCAAGAGAUUUCGGAGUCCCUAUUGUUGGACUUGCGUUGGGAUGAAAUAAACACAGUGGAUGCGAGUCAUUGUCUCUGGGCACUGGCGACCAGCGUGAUAAGAGUGAGGGGCGUCGAGGAUGGCCGACAACAGGGCGCAUUGGAUUGCGAAGAUGGAAAACACCUAGUGAGGGAUGUUGAGAGUCCUGAUCGCGAGCCUGAUAUAUUACCUUGUUCAACGUUGGACGACUACGACGCGCUUAAUAGUGGGUUCAAUAGAGGGAACCUAGAAGACAUCGAUGCCCAAGCGAAGUUUUUAGUCCCUCUGGGGCCGAUCCUUGAAAAAGCUUGCUCAUCCCUGCGAAGGAGAUUCAUUGGUGAGCAUCAGAAGAGCCUUGCGCACGGAGACAAGCCCGACCUCGUUUGGGCAGGAGCAACAUUUCAGACUAUUGCGAUAAUUUCCUGGUCACUAGCGGUGAUCGCGCGUGCUUCUUUAGAUGUGGAACACCGCUGGCGAGGUCCUGUUGGUGAAGCAUUGACGUCACUAUGUCAUCAAUAUCUGGGCAAAUUAGAGAUACAGUACAGGUCGAGUAGUUCAAAGAGAGUCGACAUCACACACGGCGCUUCAAAAUAUGACCUGUGUCAUCGUCCCCAUUCCGCACAAGAGCUGAGUAUUCUUGUCUGGGCACUUGGAAAGUUACGUCCUUCUGGAGGAAAAAUGCUUCUUCGAAAGAUAUUGUCGUGUUCUGUAGGCGAAGCUAAUAAUGACCGGGGAACUGUUUAUAAAGAUGACAGUCAGACGUUGCUGGUUGCAACAAACUCGUGGACUCCGCAAAACCAAGCCAAUCUACUUCAUGGGUGCGCUGCGCUCAGUUUUUUUGGGUGUCACUCUGGAAGUGAUGGCGUUCUGACUUUCAAUUCGGAUGAAGAUAUCGCUUUUGAGAAGAAAGAAGAAGCCAUUUCAUUUGGAGGCGGAUCUGAGCAAGGAUCUCACACAGCAUCAAGAGAUCAUUACGCGGAUGCCCUAGGAAACAGGAGCAGGUGUCCGGAGCAAGAACAGCUACUUUCAAGGCCGUGUUUUUUUCGGAGAUUUUUGGUCGAGGUGGUGAGUCCUGGACUACGAACAGGCAGCGCAGAGUACUCAACAAAACAUCUUGCAAUAAUCGGCCAUUUCUACGCAACGUGGGCGUCCGAGGAGAAGCAGACUUUUUGAGAGCAGCGACCUUCCAUGUGAACGAAGCACGGAGAAAAUCGUGGAGCAAGAAUCCUCGACCCUGUUAUCUUUGCUGACGGCAGCCGGCGCUUCGUUGUAAUCAUUCAUACGCAUGAAGCGCCUCCAAAAAAUUCUCUUAAAUUUGCUAUUGACAUUGAUUGAUGAUGAUGUUGACCUUGUAAAGCUUUUAGAGAUGAUCUGCACAAUCGGUAGUACUACUUCAAAGGAAGAUCGUA